AGUUGUUAAGUCCAGUAGGCCUUCUCCUUGUAUAGUUGUUAUCCACCGCUGCUGGUGCGUCGACCUAAAUUGAAAAGUUUGUAAUUGUAAGAAAAAAUGGCGCGUCCCAUCCAAAAAUUGGAUGAUGAGGUUAUCAACCGCAUCGCCGCAGGAGAAGUUGUGGUGCGACCUUGUAACGCUUUGAAGGAGUUGCUGGAAAACAGCAUCGAUGCGGGGAGCAAGCGAGUCAAUAUUACCAUACGUGGGAAUAAGAUGGAAGACUUUCAUUAAGGCUUUGUUCUUUUUGAAAUAUCAUCCAUGAUAGAUGAUUGGAUUGCUUGUGCUCUUUCUUCGUGCUUGCUCAUAGUACUUGGUUAACAUCUUUUCGUCACUAAGUAAGAUAAAGAUAAGUACGGUCCACACUAAACUACUACUAGGUGCACCAGGUGUUUACAGUUUGCAUAUCAAUGCACAGUGCAUUAAAAGAGACAAUUGUAAUUUGGGUUAGAGUAAUUGCAGACCUCUGUCUCUAACGGAAAUUACAAAUCGAAGAUGAUGGUUGUGGCAUCCGCAAAGCCGACUUGGGCAUUCUCUGCGAACGCUUUACCACGUCAAAACUAGCCAAGUACGAAGAUUUGACUACAAUUUCCACCUUCGGGUUUCGAGGAGAAGCUUUGUCUUCCAUCUCACACGUGGCUCGAGUGACGAUUACCACCAGGACGAAAGAAGCGAAGCUGGCGACGCGUGCUAUGUACAAGGACUGCGGUGCUUUGGACCAGACGAAGGACAUAGCGCCUACAGGGCUGCUAUCCGGACAGAGUGGCACGAUCGUGGAAUUCAAAGAUUUGUUCUGUUAUGCUUUUUCGGGAUGUGUAAUAAUGGAAGGUGUUGAAGCAUCUGCAUUUCGUAGUUUCUGCAUUUCGUGCGAGAAGUCAACAUAUUUUGAUCUUCGCAACCUGACUGACUCUCAUGAUGAAGGGGUUAUACAGGUCAGUGUUGUGCUCUAAUUCCCGAACAACUUGGGUCGUCGUAAGGUGCUGCACAAUCUCGGAGAGGAAUAUCGGAAGAUUUUAGAGGUUGUUCAGUGUUAUGCUUGCCACUACCCAGGUGUGGCGCUUAGCUGUCGACGAGAGGCACGCGCUCCUGAUGUGCGUACUAUUAUGGCCAACGAAUUGUAGUUGAAAAUCCAUCUUCUACAGCAGCAUAUUCUUGCUUAUAGAAGUAAGGGAAGUAGGCGAUUUUUAUAUCACGACGAUUCUUGUGAAGAUACGCUUCUUAUUCCACGUAUUAUUUACACAGAAGAUGUAACCUUUCACGCAGGAAUGCGCGUCCCUAGAGAGAUCUAAACCAAGCGGCUCUCUUUUCUGCACCAAACGCGACGCGGUUUCAGGGAUUUACGGCAAGGAACUGGGUAACCGGCUUGUGGGGAUCAGUUUUGAAGACGAGGCUUUACACGAGCUGAAAGUAGACGCCCUUUGCACAGACCUCAAUCACACAUGCAAGAAACAGCAAGUGGUGCUGUUUGUGAACAGUAUGACACUCAAGGUUGUGAAUUAGCGUACUUAGCUGACAUUUUUAGACUUUUCUUUCCUGUUCGUUCGUGCUCGCGAUGUGUUUGUCAUUAUGCUUCUAGAAUUCGCAUUCGCGAGAACAAGAAAGAAACAUUCCUCUACUAGAUACUAAGUCUUAUCAAAUAUCUCUUCAAUAUUUCUACCACGCCCUCUACUCCUUUUUCAUCCCACACCGCCUGGUCGAGAACGCGAAGGUGCAGAAGGCUGUCCACGAUGCUUACGCAGGUUUAGUCGGUAAGACGUCGCAUGGUUUCGUUUACGUCGACUUGAGGUUAGACCCAGCAGCUGUGGAUGUCAACGUGCAUCCGACGAAAGCUGACGUGCAUCUGAUGGACUGUUUCGAGAUUUGUAAGGCGUUCACCCAAGAACUCCGCGAUGCGCUAGAUGGCGGUCGUGACACUCGAAGGGUGGAUCAAUUGCACAUGCCGAUCGCGAAAAGAGUAAAAAAGGAAGCAGUUCUUGUGAAUGGUAACGACGUCGAUGGAGAAGCGACAGGUCUUGAUGCAAAUGACAACACCGGAGAAGAUGAAGACAGAGAACAUGGCAAGACCUCUAGGAAACAGAAUGUGCUAGGUGGUUCUACUGCAUCUGCGGGAGCUCGUCAGCUUGGCGGAGGCUCGACUGCCGUAGGCGGAAGCAGUAGUUCGGACGCAGACCCGAAGGCUGUUACUCGCGUACGCACAAACACGCGACAACCUAGUGUGCGCGACUUUUGGGAUCAAAGUUGUAGCCACCACUUGGGAAGAUUAUUGAUUAUGGGCAUGAUAAGUAGAAGCACUCCUUUAUCAUAGUAAUUCUCAUUGCUACAGAUUUUGUUUGUUUGAGGAAAUAUAAUGUACUUUCCUAUUCCUUGGCUUAUCUCAUCAUUACUACACUGUGUCUAUAUAUGAUGUGAAGGCCUUGAUUCUUCAUCGUAUCCCCUCUAACGCGCAAGAAGUCUUCAAUGAGAAGUUUGUGCGGAGACUACGAGAGGACUGGCGUCGGACUAAGGCUGCUGAAGAGGAGGCGAAGAAUGAAACAAGAACAGGAGGCGAAAGUAGAGAAGUGGACCCAGUAGCAGUAGAAGAGACAUCUACUUCUAUCAGGAAAACACUUGGUUCAUCGAUGUCGCCCAAUCCUGUGAAAUUGAAGUCACUUGGUUCAUCGAUGUCGCCCAAUCCUUGGAAACUGCAGUCAUCUCCCAAGACGCGUUUUUCCGGUAUCCUUCGUCGCUUCUACCUAGAGCUGCCUUCGAGUGAGGUGUGGACACGACGCGUGCAGCAAUCAGUGUGGAUUGGUGUAGUGGACAGCGAAAAAUGCAUGAUUCAGAGUAGUAACAAGUGCUUAUUGGUGAAUAUGCGCGUGAUCGCGGAGCUAGCGAGUUUUCAACUGUUACUGUUGUGCGCGCAUGCCCGACUCUCUGUGCCAACGGUGUGUUUGCUGGAAGAGGGAUCGAACUCACGUUCAGCUUUGGAGUCCUCCAAGCAAAAUAACGCUGCUAUUCGUGUCCGGGAGUUGUUGGGGAGUUGUCUAGCUCAAACGCGGAAUCGUAAUCCUGGAGGUGCCAGGAAAACGGCCUUUGAGGAACCAGAUCAAGGCUUGGAUGAAGGAGCAUCUACACCUCCCAAUUUUCUCGAUGCAGAGGAAUUUCCAAAGCACUUUUCACAUCAGAACUCUGCUGAAGAUGAAGCGAGUAUCUCUGCUGUGGUGAGAAUUUUAGGGAAACAUGCGGAUUUUCUAGGAGGCUUUUGCGGGAUCCGAUUAGUGCCUGAAGAAAACAGCCAGAACAAAGUAGAGUCUAAUGACGACUUGUUGCUCACGGCCUUGCCUAACCUUUUUUGUUUUCGGAGCAUCGACUCGGCUGUCCUAUUGAGCAAGUUACCUGCGCUCUUGCUCGACUUGGCGGCUUUGCUUCAUGUCUUAGACGCGGAGAUUGCAAAAAGUGAUCGUGAUGGAAUUAGUGACAGCACGCUUUAUUCUACAACGACUACUACAACGUCAACACGGGAGGACUUAGAGGCCAGCGUCUUUCGCCGCGUCGCUUGUUUCAUGGCCAAUGGCGUUGUGCCAGCUUUACCACCAAACGCGAAGUCAUCCACUAGCAAAAAUGGCGCUUCAUCUAGUGGCACACUUCUAGCUGCCAAAAAUGCCACCAACUCAAGCUCAAGCAACUCAAACGCGGCAAAGCGAACCGAAAUAGAGAACGAGGCUGAUCAAAAGCGAAGAAAAGCAACAGGGGAAAAAGCUUAUGUGUUGUUGCAUGAGCAGUGGCGUACAGUCCAUUUGGCGCCUUGGUUCAAAGCACCCCUCUUGUGGGACACGGAUCAGAAAGCACGGCCACUCUACGAGGUAGUUGCACUAGAACAGCUGUACAGAGUUUUUGAACGGUGUUGAGGACAAGACGCAGUUGGAAUCACCAGACUUGGCAUUACUUCUUGACGCCUUGGGCGCUUGGCCUGCAGUCCGUGGAACACAUGAUCUAGGCGUGUAGCACUGCCUUUGAUACAGGCUACAGCUAACGGAGUGGUAGUGCUUGCUGAGUCAUAACUUUUUCUUCAUACUGUUAGCAUCCUGGCCUCUGG